GACUGCAGUCUUCUCGUCCGUCGUUGCAUCUCAAUGUUACUCUGUGCGAAAAGUGUGCCGUGCGUCGUGACAAUUAAUCCGAAUAGGAUCAACUACGCGUGGCGAUUCGCUCAUGUCGCGAGCACCGCGAGGCUUCUUGAAAUGGUUGCGAAUAAGUGUCAUUGCGCAGCUUUUAUAAUAUGAUUAUACCUGCAUAACGAUGGGUAUACGCAAACACUUUAAGAUUAGGGAGCCUGUUUUUUUUUGGAUAGUUUAAGCGUGGUCGACGAGUACACAAGAUGAACGUGACAGGUGCUGACACAUUUUGGAAAGGCGCAAGGAAACUUUUUUAUCUUGUGAAUUUUAACGAAACGACUUACGAGCACCCAGAACAAGUGCCGGAUCAUUGGCAGGAGAUAUGGCUGCCGUUCUUUCUGUUAUUGAUCGUAGAGCAGAUAAUAUUAUGCGCGAAACACGAGAAGAAAGUUCGUUGGAACGAACAAAUAACGUCUCUAUCUCACUGGUUGUUUGAUGAAACCGCUCGAUUUUUCUCACGUGGGGCUGAAUAUUAUAUAUACAUCCAGUUAUACAACAAAUAUCAUUUGUUGGAUUUAGUAUGGAAUGCACCAUCGACGUGGAUUAUCGCCGCCCUUAGCGUGGAAUUUUGUUACUAUUGGGCUCAUCGCUUAAACCACGAAGUUACUUUCUUAUGGAUCUUUCAUCAAGUGCAUCACAGCAGCGAGGAAUUCAGUCUCGCGGUCGGCUUGCGGCAGUCCAUUUUGCAAAGCUGGUGCAACUUUAUAUUUUACUUGCCUCUCACCUUGUUUAUACCACCAUCGCAUUUCAUUAGUCAUAAACAGUUCAAUAUGAUAUAUCAGCUGUGUCUACAUACAACACUUAUUGGUGAUUGUAAACCGUUGGAUUGGGCUUUCAAUACAGCCAAGCAUCAUCGCGUUCAUCAUGGUUGCAAUCUUUAUUGUUUGGACAAGAAUUACGGUGGUGUGUUAAUCAUAUGGGAUCGAUUGUUCGGCACGUUCCAAGAGGAGAAAGAAGAAAUCGUUUAUGGUCUGGUGAUCAACUCUGAGUCAUUUAACCCACUUUAUUUACAGCUACACUACUUAAGGGCAAUAUACAAAAAGAGCGCAACUAUGUAUACCUGGUGUAAUAAAAUCGGCACUUUCUGGAAAGGACCCAGCUGGUUUCCAGGUGCACCACGUUUGGGCUUGGAUCAUUAUAAAAUAUAUGUAACGAAAAGGCAUGCGUAUAACCCUUACGUACCUGGCUGGCAACUCCUAUAUAUUUUUUUACAUUUUGCUACGGUUAUCAUCAGUUAUUGUCAACUAAAACUUAUGGAUUUUAACAGUGUGUCAUUUUUACAAAUAUGUAUGGUACUGAAUAAUGUACUUGCUCUCACCAGCAUUGGUUUGUUAUUUGAUAGAGACAAUAGGAUUGCUCUCCUUGAAUUUUCACGCUGUAUAUUUUAUCUGUACAUCAUGCCAUAUAAUCAGUUUGCGAUGGACAGAUGCGUCUAUAUUUUAUAUUUCUUUUCACUGUAUUGUAUUUGGAUACCUCGCCUUAUAAAACUGACAAGAGAUUAUGCGUGCGAAUAUUCACAAAUAGUAUACAGUGCUUCGACGGAGAUGCCAAAGUUACAACCGAGUUUAAAAAACAAAAUUUUAUAUAUAAUGAAAAGUUUUCUUCGGAGCAAUCAUGUGGACUUUAAUGUGAAUAUUAAAGGAGUUCCAAAUUCAAAGAAAGGAUUUAAUAAUAAUAAUUCGGACAAAUAUCCGAACAGAGAAAGUGAAGCUACGAGUAGAAUAAGAAGAUAUUUUUUAAGUCAUUAAAUAAUUAAUGGAAAUAUUGAACUAAUAAAUAGAAUAUACUGGAAAAAUUAAAGAAAUAUAAUUAAAGUGAGUUAUUA